AUGUCGACGUGGCAGUUGUACUCUGUCUCGGUGAAUGAUUUCCGAUGGAAAGUCUCGGAUGGAGAGUCUCUUACUGAACCGAGCUUAACCCUAGCUCCCCAGCAGCUCCAAUCCAUGCCCGAUCUCUUGCGUCACGGAAGUUCGAGAUUAGCAGGGAACACUGAUUCAACUUCUACACAAUUUCCAAUUUUUCGAACUGGAUCAGGGAAACCUGUGUCAGUGAAACAUUCUUCCAUAUCAGCAGCUCUUUCCAUCCUUGGUGAUGAAGACAAGCCGAUUUUGGACACAGGCAUAGGAACUGGAAGACAAGAUGUUCAGGAAGCCGUGUUCCAGAAAGGCUCAGGAAAAGCCCUUAAUGCUCCACAAUCCUUUUCCCUUUCUAGCUUGAACAAACAAUUUAGCAUGUCCAACUCGUUGUUCCAGACAGCCUCCGGUAAACCAGUCAAUAUAUCUUCUACAGGUCUUAAUAGGGCCAAAGCGUUGUUGGGCUUGGAAGAAAAUGGUGACCAUGAAACAUUUCCAGGUUCUGGAAAGAAAAAUACAACUUCAGAUGAGCUCUUUGGUUUUCGGAAUUCAUUUCCUAUUCUGGAAGUAGAGGGCGUUGCUAGCACAGGGUCUACUAAUGUUUCAGCAGCUUCAUUGUCUCCGUUUGAUGUUAAAUUUAACUCCUCAGUUUGUCCAGCAGAGGAGUUAGUAGCAGAUUUUAUGCAUUGUGCAGAUAAACCUCCUCCAAUAAAGUUUCAUACUGCUGGUGGUAGAUCAAUAACAGUUUCCUGUGAGGCAUUGAAACGCGCAAAGAGUCUGCUUGGAGAUCUAGAGCUGGGUUGUCUUGUUGAUGAAAAGGAUGUGGCUGAUCCAUUGCUUUCUUUUUCAAAAGACCAAAAAUCUGUUGAUCAGGUCUCCACCAAAGAAUUGAACUCUGAUACUCCUGUUUCCCUCUUAUCGGCAGCGAAAGGUUGUGGGUCCUCAAGCAUUUUUACAUCGCCACUGAGAUCAACUUUGUAUCAUAAGAAGUCUUCGAUUAAAACAGAGAAUCUCGUUCCAGCAAGUAACUUGAUAAAGGAAUUUGAUGCUGUGGCAAAAGAACGCACUAGUAGGCUGGACCAUAGUAUUCCACAGAAUGGAGAGCCUUUCAAUAAGAACUCAGCAGCUACGAACCUUAGAGAAAAUGACAUCGCUUCAAAACCUAAAUUGCUAGAACGGCCUUCCAGGGGCCCUUUGGUGGAUAUCUCAAAUAGUAUUGGAGGAGGAUUUGCAGAUAGAAACCAGAACGUUGGUCGGAAGAGGAAACCCGGGGGAAGUUUUGUUUCUCCAUUCAAGAAGCCUCGAAGCACUAGCAUCGUCAACUCUCUCAAAAGAAACGAUUCCGGUGCUGCUAAUGGGUUCUCAGAUUUAGCACCAAAAUCACCCUCUCAAAAAGGAAAGGUUUCAGUUCGAUAUCCAUUCCAUGUGGCACGAUUGUAUAUGAAGGAGUAUCUUGGAAAGCCCCCAUCAAUCCUGAGCAAGCUAGAGAGUUUGCCAGAUGACGUGAGAAGGAUGAAUCCAGUUACUGCUGAGACUUAUGUGCUCAAUGAUAAAUCUUGCUCAGGUUGCAUUGGAGUAGAGUCUUUUUUGGAGAUGCUGUCUCAUUCAGGAGCUUCCAUGCAAUAUGUUUCUAAAAAGUGGAUUACAAAUCACUAUAAGUGGAUUGUUUGGAAACUUGCAUCUUAUGAGAGGUGUUACAGUGGCAAAUUUUCUGGGAAACUUCUGACAAUAUGCAAUGUACUUGAAGAAUUAAAAUACAGAUAUGAAAGAGAAGUAAAUCAUGGUCAUCGAUCUGCAGUUAAGAGAAUUUUAGAAGGAGACGUCCCACCUUCUUCUAUGAUGGUACUCUGUGUUUCCAAUAUCUAUUCAAUUUGUGUCUCGCCAGUUGGACCUCAAUCUUCACUAUCUAGCACGACCGAGAAUGGAACUUGUGCAAAAGUUGAACUGACCGAUGGGUGGUAUUCAAUAAUUGCUGUCUUAGAUAUACAACUAUCCAAGAAGUUGGCUGCUGGAAAGCUGUUUGUUGGUCAAAAGCUUAGGAUCUGGGGAGCUGGAUUGUGUGGCUGGACAGGUCCUGUUUCACCUCUUGAGGUGUCAGGGACGACUAGUUUACUGCUGCAUAUAAAUGGGACAUAUAGAGCUCAUUGGGCAUCUCGUUUGGGCUUCUGUAAAGGUGGUGGUAUUCCAUUAUCAUUUAUGUCAAUCAAGGAUGGUGGAGGUGCUGUUCCACUAACAUUGGUUGUAAUUUCAAGGAUAUAUCCUGUUCUCUUCAGGGAAAGGUUAAGUAAUCGGGGGUUCGUUGUAAGAUCUGAACGGAUGGAAGAUAAAGAGAUGCAGUAUUUUACUGAAAGACGUAGUAGCAUUUUGGAGGGAGUAGUCUCAGAAUCUCAAAGAGAAAAGAGAGAUGCAUACAUCGGAAGCGACUAUGAAAGUAAAGAAGGGGCAAGGAUUUUAAGGAUACUUGAGAGAGCUGCAGAACCAGAACUUCUGAUGGCAGAGAUGACUUCAGAGCAGUUGAAUUUAUUUUCAUCCUAUCAAGCGAAGUUGGAGGCAUUCAGGCAGUCUGACCUGCAAAAAUCUCUUGAAAAAGCUUUGGAAACUGCUGGACUUGCUGAAAGAGACGUCACUCCGUUUAUGCGAGUUAGAGUUGUUGGAUUGACUAGCAAACGUACACCAUUGAAGUGCUGUCCAAAGGAAGGCUUAAUUACAAUAUGGAAUCCUACUGAGAAACAGCACUGUGGGCUUGCAGAGGGUCAAGCUUUUUCUGUUACAGGGCUUACACCGAUAAGCUCAGACUCUAGCACCCUUUACUUGCAAACAAAAGGGUCCACAUCCAAAUGGCUGCCUUUGUCUCCUCUGGCAGUUGAACAUUUUGAGAGCUCUUUCUGUCCUCGCCAAUCAAUUUCAUUGAGUAAAUUGGGUGAAGUUCCUAUUUCCAGGGAGUUUGAUAUUGCUGCAGUGGUUGUUUUUGUGGGGCAGCUGUAUACAGAAGCUCAUCAAACAAAGCAGUGGGUAUUUGUGGCUGAUGGAUCCAAAGCUAUGUUGGAUUCUGAUGACGAAUUAGAAACCUUGAUGGCCAUCAGUUUCACCUCACCAUGCAUAGAUUCAUUUGCUCCAAUAAACUCCAACCUUGUAGAAUCUACGGUUUGUUUUUGCAAUGUCAUCAAGAGAGCAAGAGAUAAUGUUAAUAACCUCUGGGUAGCUGAAGCAACCGAAAAUUCAACGUACUAUUUAAAAUAUGAUCAUUCAGAUUGUUCUCAUCUAAAAGACGCGGGUGCUUCUGCUGAAAGAUGGGCAAAGAUAUCUGGCUUGAGACUUGAAAAGCUUAGGGGAAGAGUUCUAUCUAUAAUUAGCUGAUGUGGAACUUAAGCAGGGAAAGGCUGGUAACAAUUUGUCACUCCAACUAAAGAAGGCACAUUUUAGUGCUGCACACAUAAAAUGGUAGUCCAUGGGUUCCUAUCACUAAAUCAAACCGUGUUGUGUUUUAAUGAAGUUGUAUUCAACGAUUAACAUGUUAUGUUGGUUUUGGUUUUGGUUUUCGUCAUCAUCCCAGCAUCAAUCCGUCCCUAAAUUUUAUGUGUUUAGAUCCAAUUUGAUGGUUUUGAGGACCUAGCUACAUUUACUUAAAAUG